AUGGCUGGGCCAACUCAAGAGGAGAAAGGGGCCGAGAUCGUGCGGAAGAUCAACGCGAGAUUAAACCCUCGGGAGAUUGAUUUCAGUGUCGACGCCUGCAGCACUAUCCCGGUCAAUCAAAUCACCUCUCUAAGUGCCCUAGCGUUUAGCGAAAACAUAGUUGCCGAAAUCUUUCGUGAAGCCGGGAUACCAGACGACGAAGCUACCCAGAGCUGCUGGAACGCGAUGGCGGAAAUAAUCAUGCCAAGGAGCCUACUCCAAAUAAAAGAACUCCAAUACCAUAUCGAGUGGGGCAAUGUCGUCCACAAACUCAACAUCAUGAGAUCAAUCCGCGAAGUGACUGGUAUGCCUGCCUGCAUGGGGGCACAAUACCUAACGGUCGUCAUUGCCGCUGUUGUGUAUCGCAAAAUCCAACCAGAGCGACUAUGGUCAACCAAGAGAAAGAAAGACUUUGUUGAAUUCUUCGGCAAUCUCAGCGGAAUGCAGUGGCUACCUAUCGCUAUCCAAGUCUACGAACGAGUACAAGACCGCGCAUUCGCCAUUGAAUUGGACGAUCGAGCAACUGAGCCCAAGGUUCGUCAUGAACUUAUACACGGCAAGAUAUUUAUAAUUGUCACGACCAAGAAGCCACAGACAAACAUUUACGAGGCAGCGAUGCAAGCAGUUACUGGCCGGAUGAUCAGAGACAUCGAUGUCAGUAACAACCCCGACCCGAACACCAAUAAUCAACCACCACAGUCAACUGAGGCGGUUGAACCUUACUCAACGGGGCAGCCUCGGGAGUCUAUCGAGACAGACGAACCUGAUUCUUCUUCAUCUGACCAGUCUGAGGCGAUGGAAAUAUGUGACGGCUCUUCCUCACCAGGGCAAUCUCAACAUCCGACUGACAGGGAGGAAUGUAAAGAUACUGUGCCAGGCCGACCACUUGAUGAAAAUGUGUCGGCUAAGUCUGGUUCUGCCUCUAAGGAGCCCAUUGGAAAGUCUGAGCCUGACGAAGUCCCUAUGGGAUCAAUUGCGUCCGUCAUUGUGGAGGACAGUCCAGAGACCGAGCCCCAACAGCACCAGAGCCUCGAACCUCACACACCUGACUCAAAGACACUCCGCGGCCAUGCUCGUCAGAUGAAGGCUUUAGGCAAGCGCCUGCCUAGCCCCGAUCAGAGGUUUGUCAAGAGGGUGCGACGAGAUAUACGACAGUUUGCCAAGCUUUCAGACCAGAAGGAAGAAGAAAUGGUACUCGAGCGCGAAUCAAUGCGCUCUAGAAAUCCACCUUCAAGUGAACAUGCCCCCCAGGCAAGAAGCAUCGAUCUUUUCGGUCGUUACAAGAUGCUCUGGAAAGGCAUUCUCCGAGAGAAUGGCUCCAUCCCAGAAAGCCUUCGAGAGCUAGUUCGUCACGACUGCGACUCAAACCAGCUUUUCUAUCUUGAGGAGACAGAGGCAGAUUUUCUGGCGGCAAACGCCAUGCGAAACGAGAACGGACAGUGA